UAAUGUUAGAAGUGUGUAGUGUAGGAAAGUGUGCCUUCUUGGAAAACUUGAACCUUUCAACUGCUGCUGGUUUAACUCUCUCUAAUAAUGUGGCUUUAUAAUUUGUUGCUGGGUAUUGACCUAAAGGAUCUGUUCCUGUUUAUUUUUAUUUUUAUCAUAAUAGCCGACUUCAUCAAAAACAGGAAUCCUCCAAAUUAUCCUCCAGGACCAAUGGCUCUUCCGAUUGUGGGGAAUUUCUUCAGUUUGGACAGUAAACAUCCACACGUAUAUUUUACCAAGCUGGCUGACGUUUUUGGGAGUGUGUUCAGCAUCCGCCUCGGCAGUGAAAAGACGGUGUUUGUGUCUGGGUAUAAGAUGGUGAAGGAAGCCUUAGUGACACAAGCCGACAACUUUGUGGACCGGCCUUACAGCCCGAUGGUGACCAGAAUUUAUUCAGGAAACUCAGCGGGUCUUUUCUUCAGUAAUGGGAGAGUGUGGAGGAGACAGCGGCGUUUUGCCAUGGCCAUGCUACGUACCUUUGGUCUGGCCAAGAGCUCCAUGGAGCAGAGCAUCUGUGAGGAGAGUCAUCAUCUGCAGGAGGCCAUGCAGAAGGAGAAAGGUGAGCCAUUCGACCCCGUGCCCCUCUUAAACAACGCUGUGGCCAACAUCAUCUGCCAGAUAGUGUUUGGGAGACGGUAUGAAUACGGCGACCACAACUUCCAGAGCAUGCUGAAGAGUCUGACUGAGAUGGCCUAUUUGGAGGGAUCCAUAUGGGCUCUACUUUAUGAUGCGUUCCCAGCUCUGAUGAAACUCCUGCCGGGGCCUCACUGUGGCAUCUUCAGCAGCUCCAGGUCUUUGGAGGCAUCUAUCAGAGGAGAGAUAGAGAGGCACAAGUUGGACCUGGACCCCAGCAACCCACGAGAUUACAUCGACAGCUUCCUCAUAGAAGAGAAACACAACAGAAACAGUGAACUACGCUUUGACGAUGACAACCUGGUUCUGUGUUGUCUGGAUCUGUUCCUGGCUGGUAGUGAGACCACUUCAAAGACCCUGCAGUGGGGCCUCAUCUACCUCAUCAACAACGCUCAAAUCCAGGAUAAAGUCCAUGCCGAGAUAGACAGAGUGAUCGGACAGAGCCGACAGCCCAGUAUGGCAGACAGACCCAACCUGCCCUACACUGACGCUGUCAUCCACGAGGUCAUGAGGAUGGGAAACAUUGUUCCUUUAAAUGGACUCAGAAUGGCUGCCAAGGAUACAACACUGGGUGAUUUCGUCAUACCCAAGGGAACCUCAGUGAUGCCUAACCUAACCUCCGUGCUGUUUGACAAGACUGAAUGGGAAACCCCCGACACCUUCAACCCUGAACACUUCCUGGAUGCUGAGGGGAAGUUUGUGAGGAGGGAUGCAUUUUUACCUUUUUCUGCAGGAAAGCGUGCAUGUCUGGGUGAAGGUCUGGCGAGGAUGGAGCUGUUCCUGUUUUUUGUCAGUUUGCUCCAGACAUUUUGUUUUUCAACGCUGAACGGAGUUCAGUUGAGUACUGAAGGAAUCAUAGGAGCCACACGCACGCCGUACCCCUUUAAGAUCUAUGCCACAGCCCGCUGAAUCCUGCAAACUGUGCUCUACUAUAGAGCAAAGCACACAUACAUACAUUUUAACAUAUGCAACACAAAUGCUGUAUCGUUGGCUAGUUUGCCUGUCAACACAAAAAGAACACAUUACCAGCAGAGACAGCAUUCAACAGUCCUGUCUAUAACAUGUGUCUGAAACACGAGAGCUGAUGGUGACACAAGAUGAACUUUAACAUGGUUUGUUUUGCCCAUUAUCACGAGUGAAAUGUGAUACAUUUACAUUUGUCCAAUAUCGAGAGUUAUGUACCCAGCAUACAGCACCAACACUCUCCAAUAUAUGCCUAUUAUUACUCACUUUAUAUGAUUU